AUGUGGGUACAUGGGCGCAGUGAUCUACUUCGGUGGAAUGUUAUUGGAAAAGCCAACAUUGUCAAGACUAGGGCUACUCUGAAGUACAUCACGGUGCAGCAGAUGUCGAAAAAGGAAGUACCGCACAGACCAAGUACAUCAGCACUUUACACAGACUUUAUUUUGGAAGCCAAAAAAAAACUUCAACACUGUGACUUGAUAAAAUAUCAGGACGAUUUAAACACUCAAAUGUUAUGCGGUAUCCCUGCUGCACUGUUUAAUAUGAACCAACCACCAAAAUUCAAGCAGACGUAG